ACCAGUCUUCAACGAGGAAAAGGAGAACUUGCUUUUAAAGGAGGAUGACAAUGAUUUGUCAGAUAAUAGUAUUAGUAGUCCUUGUUCUUCAGACUCUUCUGAAGCCUUUGUUAAGACGCAAAUGGCUCAUGCGAAGAUUCAUCAAAUUUCUACGCCAACUGCUGCAAAUUUGAGAACUCCAAAGAUCGAUGUGCCUUCGCCGAAGGAAAAAUCACCGUCAACUCCGAUUUCUGAGUUGAUAGAAGUGGCGAGCCAAGUGACGGAGAAUUCAAAGGCCAAAUCAAGCGAACAGCCGAAGUGUGAAACAGCCCAAAAACCCGUGCCUUUUCGAAUCCCCAAGAAGACACAGAAACCAGAAGUGCGACUCGUCGAUCAGAUUCUCGGAAAUGAGACUAUUGUUGAUGAUCCAAGGCCUUUGAAUUCGCAACGGUUUUCUGGAUUUAUCGAGCAGUAUGACCUGAAGAAUAAAAUCGGCUCUGGAUCUUAUGGAAAAGUGUUCAAAGGACGUCACCGGGACACUGGGCGUGAAGUGGCCAUCAAAAAUUUGUCACUUGAAGGAGAGAAGCAAGGAUUUCCACUGAGUGCGAUUCGGGAGAUUAAGACUUUGCGCUUGUUGAACCAUCGAAAUGUAGUGCAAUUACUCGAUGUGGCCACGGACUCAAAUCAAAAUAUUAGGGAUCCAGAAAGCGAAAUUUUCUUGGUCUUCGAGUACGUGGAACAUGAUUUGAAAGGGCUACUCGAAUCUGACUAUUUGCAACUUAACUUCAUCCAAGCGGCAGCACUUUUUCGGCAAUUGUUAGAAGGAUUAUUAUACUGUCAUGAGCAUAAAGUCGUACACCGAGACCUAAAGCCAUCGAAUAUUCUUUUAAGCAAUAGGGGCAUUCUCAAGUUGGCAGAUUUUGGAUUAGCGCGGCAAAUUGAUCCGGAGAACACGCGCCCAUACACGAAACAAUCACUUUAUGGUACCAUUCUCCCGAAUUGUUGCUUGUGCCGGGUGUGCGGCUCGAUGAUCUCAAGGGUGUGGCCAGGUGUAACUCUUCUUCCAUCCUACAAUAUGGUUCCGAAGCAACACUUUGAGAGACGAUUGAGGGCAAAUAUUCAAAAAUGGAUUCCGGAAGGUGCCGCUGAUUUAAUCGACAAGAUGUUGACUCUAGAUCCAUCAAAGCGACUAACGUGCAGAGAAGCCCUGGACCAUCGAUUCAUCGCCGGCAUCAAUUACAGUCGUCUGGAGCCUCUUGUUUUGCCGGCUGAUCACGAAUGCAACGAGUUAUGGCUGAAGAACGCCCGCAAGGAAGGGAGUUCAACUCUUGUCGAGGAUAUGCGAAGAUUU